CGCCGUAUAGCGAACAUUCGUUUGUCAUUGAAUCGACUUUGAAAUUUUCAUCUACUGCUGAUGAGUUUAAUUUCCAAUUGGAAGCCAAGCAGAGCACAUCGUGAAAUCAAACCUCUAAUAAUCAAGUCGCAUCAUGUCGAAAAUCGGUAUUAACGGAUUCGGCCGUAUUGGUCGUUUGGUAUUGCGUGCCUCCGUCGAGAAAGGCGCCCAAGUCGUCGCUGUGAACGAUCCCUUCAUCAAUGUCGACUACAUGGUCUACUUGUUCAAAUACGACUCGACUCACGGGCGUUUCAAGGGCACCGUCGAAGCCAAGGACGGCAAAUUGGUUGUAAACGGCAACGCCAUCACCGUUUUCAGCGAACGCGAUCCCAAGGACAUUCCAUGGAGCAAAGCCGGCGCCGAAUACGUCGUCGAAUCAACUGGCGUCUUCACAACCAUCGAGAAGGCUUCUCUCCAUUUGCAAGGAGGUGCCAAGAAAGUCAUCAUCUCUGCUCCCUCAGCUGAUGCCCCCAUGUUCGUGUGCGGCGUCAACUUGGAUGCCUACGAUCCCUCAAUGAAGGUUGUCUCGAACGCCUCUUGCACAACCAACUGCUUGGCUCCCUUGGCUAAAGUUGUGCACGACAACUUUGAAAUUGUCGAAGGCUUGAUGACAACUGUCCAUGCUACAACUGCUACACAAAAGACCGUUGACGGUCCCUCGGGCAAAUUGUGGCGUGAUGGUCGUGGCGCUGCUCAAAACAUCAUUCCCGCAGCAACGGGCGCCGCCAAGGCUGUCGGCAAAGUUAUUCCCGCUUUGAAUGGAAAACUCACUGGCAUGGCAUUCCGUGUUCCAACUGCCAACGUUUCCGUCGUCGAUUUGACUUGCCGCUUGGGAAAACCCGCCAGCUACGACGCCAUCAAGGCAAAGGUCAAGGAAGCUGCCGAGGGACCCUUGAAGGGCAUCUUGGGAUACACCGAAGACGAAGUUGUCUCAUCUGACUUCAUCGGAGACAAUCACUCGUCGAUCUUCGACGCCAAGGCUGGCAUCCCAUUGACUGACAGCUUCGUGAAACUCAUCUCGUGGUACGAUAACGAGUAUGGCUAUUCCAACCGUGUCAUUGACUUGAUCAAAUUCAUGCAAACCAAGGACAAAUAAACGACUUUCGCAACCGAAUUCCAUAUCUCUGCAUCACACCAACAAUGAAACAGAAUUGAACAUCAAGCAAAGUAAUCGUCAACUAUUUCGUCAGAUUAACGUCUAUCAGCUUUUAACCAACAUCAUUUUACUCUCUGUUCACAAAUAUAGUCAUUAAUAAGUACUCUGUCGUCUUUGAACAUCAUUGCGUUAUGAAAAGAAAAUGAUAAAAGAUACUAAUUAAUAUUAAAAAUUAUUUCAAGUUGAAUAAAGUAAUGUAAACGUUAUCAAGAGAACAAAA